AUGACGAACUGGACAAGUCCGCACGUCUUGAUGGCCCAAGGGUCGGCUCUUCAGAAUUACACUCUUGUGUUCCUCGGGCUAUACAUGUGUGUACAUCCAGGUACCUCUCUCACGGUCACGCUCAAUUGGGGAUCUGCCUGUGGUGUCAUCAGCUAUGAGUUUGCGAGCUCGCUCACCUUCGACUGGUGGCUUAUCACCAAGAAACGGUCGCAACAGUCCUCACCAUUGGCAAGAAGCGUCAGAUGGUUAUAUUUGGCGUGUAGGCUUUGCGCAUUGGCUGCGUCCAUAACUUUGGCUGCGCCGUACAUGCAUAUCGAGAAGUCGGAGUGUACGGCAAGUGUGAAGAUGGCAGCAAUCUCGGGGGUGUUUGGUGUGAUUUUGGCGACGGCCUUAUUAUUCAUUCGAGUCGGCGUAGUGUGGCGAUGGGACAAGCGUAUCUCUGCUGCCUUCGUGGUUGUACACGCUGCCAAUGUCGCACUGGGUGUCUACUCCACUGUGCAUAUCAAGUCCUCGUACGUGGUCACGAUCGACACGCCAUCGCUUUGCGCUGCGUCGGGCUUCAAAACUGCGAAUCAGUCAGGCAUCUUCGCGAUCCUAGUGACGGAUGUAGGCCUUCUUUGCCUGCUGCUUAUUGGUCUGAGGCGAUGGGAACACGCCAAGGCGAUGAGUCUGUGGCACAUCCUUUGGAACCAAGGCUUUGUCUAUCUAGCAUUGUCCGUUAUCGUGGAGCUUCCCUUGCUGGUAUUUCUAUUCCUCGAGCUGAAUGACAUUAUAGCCGUCUUCUUCCUUAUACCACAAUCCUUGAUCCUACCCAUUGCUGCAGCACGCUGUUACCGCUCGUUGACAAACAUGGCGGAUAGUCGGAAGACAUACGAGACAGUGGAUUUCCCAUCACCUCCGAAGCCCGUGGUGCACUUAUUUCCGGGUCGUCGUCGCAGGGCCAAGGACGAUUCGAACGGGAACAUCAGGGAUAUAGAGUUGGGGCCGUUAUCCAGGGCUGAGGGUUAG